UCAUAAGUUUUGACGUUACUUAUGCUUACAUCCCAACCACCUCUUCUGCAGACACAUUAAUGGUAUUAUUUUGAAAGAAGAAUUCUAAAUUUUGAUUAUGGAAAGAAAUGGAAAAACUGGUGAGGGUUAUAAACGUAGGAAAACUAACGUAUUCCAAAGGUCUAGUAUUACAGAAAUAUUUAGCAAACCUUCACAACACUUCGACGGAGAUUAAAAAUACUUUAUUGUGCAUUGAACAUCCCCCUGUAUACACUACUGGAAUCAGACAUAAACAAUACACAGAAAGCCAAGUAGAGAAACUAAAAGAAACAGGGGCAGAAUUUUUUAGAACUAAUCGUGGAGGUUUGAUUACUUUUCAUGGACCAGGGCAGCUAGUAGUGUAUCCUAUUUUAAAUCUAAAAUACUUUAAACCAAGUAUACGUUGGUAUGUAUGUAGUGUGGAAGAUACUGUUAUCAAAUUAUGUGAACAUUUCAAUUUGAAAGGUGAAAAAUCUCCCCACACAGGAGUGUGGAUACAGGAUAGAAAGUUAUGUGCAAUUGGAGUCCAUGGAAGUAGAUUUAUAACAACACAUGGUCUAGCUUUGAACUGUUCGACAGAUUUGUCUUGGUUUGACCACAUUGUACCAUGUGGUAUUGAAGGAAAAGGUGUUACCAGUUUAAGUCAAGAACUAGGUCGAACUGUAACGAUUGAAGAAACUAUACCAAAGUUUUUAGAAUGUUUUAAAAAUACAUUCGAUUGUGAUACUGUUGAAGUUUCCAAGCAAGAAGUAGAAAUCAUUUUAAGUAAUAUUGACAAGUGAUUAUGUGUUAUGUUUGUUUUAAUAAAAAUAUAAAAAAAUA